AGCGAAGGUCAUGUUCCGAAUUCUUAACGCAAGCUUUUGACAUACAAAACUCCACUAUAGCACCCAAAUCAAUAUGCCACGAAAGGGAGGCAAAGCCGCGAAGCUAUGGUCGCUCCACCCAAACCUUCAUGAUGACGUGACACGGUUGUUGGACGAGGAAGGGCUUCAGUUAGAAUUCUUUGACGUCGAUGAUGAAGAUACCAACAUUGAGGAACGGGACACGAACAUUAUGGGUCGGUUCAUAUGUCAAAAUCGCGGAUGUUAUUCCAGCGGGUGGUCGAGCAAAAAAAUUGCGAUUACAAUUCGCAUGUACUCCCAAGAGCGAUAUAAUGCGCGAGUGUAUCAUCAGCGAUGCAGAAAUUGCCGAGCCGUGGGUCGACUGAUCCUAGAUUCUGAGUGCUAUGCGGAAAGAGUGACAUACUGGCUCAAAAAAUGGAACGGACUUAAGGUACAGCGACCAGAUUAUUCUGGCCAGAGCAGAGGUCCGCAUGAUAGUAAGCUGUGUGAAGGGUGUAGAGUUGGCCAUUGCCCCAACUCGAAUGAAGAUUUAGCGUCGGUGCUGGCUAGUUUAUCUAUUUGAGCGCUGCGCAACCGAUUCGUCAUUGGUACGCAGGCUACCCUCGAUCAAAAUACCUGGGCCACUUCUCCAGUCAGAGUAGGCACAGCUUCGAGACGGAGACUCUAGGGUCGAAACUUCGACUACUUUGAUUGGCAGCUUCACAUUAUUCCUUGGGUCUUGGUCUUCUGAUGUGCGGCCCUGAGCUGGAAACCGGGCUGAAAAUGGGUCUCUCUCUUCUUCUGAGUUAUCUCCUGAUUAUGUAUGGUCUAGUGAAAUACAGCAAACGCGUUC